ACGCGUGUUGCGCCUCAGUGGCUAGCAACAGUUUGAGAGCUUGGAGAAGAAAGAAAAGCGAAACUUAAUGAGAUAAGUGCUUAGUUCGCAACACUCCGCAUUUACGCGUGUUUUCUUUCAUUGAUAUCUGAUAUGACUUUCCCAACUCGCUUUUCAAAAGCAAUAAGACAAGUGGCGAGAUCAUCUCGUAUAGUGGAGUUUGUGGACCCAAAACGUUUGCAAAAGGUAAAAUGAGACGACGAGUUGCUGAAGCUCAGUUUUCACGCGGAACAGCCUUAAAUCAGUGCACGAGUCUGGGCCUCAUCUGGUUAAUCUGUCUUUUACCUCAAGGUGUUUUUGAGAAAAAGCGGUGCACAGACUAAGCCUUUGGUAUCGUUGUGACGUUGCAUCCAGAUACCUGAGAGCCAUCCUAACACGUGCACACAUCCCAUCCACCAAGCCCAGCGCAGCACCCUUCUCGUCCCCCACCCCUGCGCUAUGAGCAGAGGUAGAGGAGGGUUUCACAAAGAUUGUCAGCGAUUCUCCCUCCCUCCCCAACAGGGAAAGCCUCAGUUUUGUUCUCACACAACCACCGGUCACCCACGGGGUCCUCGUGUCCCAAGCCCCAUAUCUGGAAGCUAUCUGCACCCUUCCCUUAACUCCAAUUACCCAGGUGCUCCUGGCGAGCCUUCACGUGGUCGUCCUUUUCCCCCUAGUCCCUAUGAUCCCCCCCUGUGGUCAUCCCCCCAGCAUGGCAGUGAUCAGAUCUCCGACUUAAAUGGUGUAAGCUUCCGACAACGCCAGGUACAGUUCCUCAAGGGACAGAGUUUACAGGCUCCACUGUUCAAACCACCCCAGCAACGAGGGGUCCAAAACUCUGGCCGAGAGGAAGAGGUCUUUACUGGGCCUAUCCAGUACCAGGCAGGUUAUCGUGACUUCAAAACAAGUGGUAGCAGUUUUGAAAGAAGAGACGGCUACGGCAGAGGCCGAGGAAACUGGCAAAGGGAGCAGAACUUCGGAAAUAUACCUGGACUUAAGAGAAAGUCACACUGGAAUCACCAUCUCCAGAAGGGACAAUAUUAUCCUAAUCAAUACAAUAAGCACUACUGGAAUACAAAGGCAGAUGAUUUGUCCUUGGGCCUUCAUAGUCUGAGUUUGGGUGACCGGAUAACAAGGGUGGGCAACUCUGACACUUCAUCCUGCAGUAGCCUUGCCAACAAGGUUUCCAAUUCUCCUGGCCCGGUCAGAGAGUCUCUGUAUUUGACCCCUGGGAUCCAGCAACAGGUCUUCACUUUUUUGACGUCACUCGGGCCAGACGAGACUGUUCAGGCCAGGGUAUUGGGUAAAAAGCUUGGCCUACCCAAGACAGUUGUUAAUAAGGCUUUGUAUGCCCUCUUAAGGACAAACCAAACAGUGAAAGAAGGUGAGAUUCCUCCUCUGUGGAGACUUCGCAAGGAAGGGGACGGUGAGCCCACCAAAGAGAGAGACCAAACGCAGUCAAAAAGGCUAGGUCAGACGUCAUCCAUAAACCAAGAGGUUAGAGGGGAUCUCACCAGCACCAGUGCUCCCUCUGCAUCACAGACCCUCGUUGAGGCUGACAGCGGUUCCACUGACCAGUCGGAGGACUCUGAAGUUGAAGAUACCUAUAAAACAUUACUUCCUGACCAGGAUCAAAAGACUCUUUUACCUUCUGUGCAGUCAGUAAUCAUGUCAACAAUGGCUGAUUCUAAAGAUUGCAAAGAGAGGAUCCUACAGUACCUCUAUGAAUCAGGUACAGGCAGUGCGCUUGUGAUUGCCAAGAACCUUGGCCUGCGAAGUGCCAAGCAGGUUAAUCCCACACUCUAUGCCAUGGAGAAACAAGGAGAAGUAAGGCGCAACACUGAAGUUACACCACCUACCUGGUCACUUAGUGCACACCGGCAGGAAAAGAUGGAUCGCCAAAGAAAAGUUGCUGCGACUGCAAAACAUGAUGUAAACAGCGCAGAGAUGUUGAAAUGUGCAAGUGAAGGGAUUAAAAAUGUGGAUUAUGGAUUUGAGUUUUCCGGUGGUGCUGCAGCAGAGUCGAUGGAUGGGGCUGAAAAUCCAUUGGAUAAUAUUUUAGACAACAACACAUUUGAUAACACUGAGCUUGACAUGCCUGGCCUUGAGCCAAUGCCACCCAACCCCAGUGAACCAUCCUCCUCCACCUUCCACUACCUCCAACCUCCUCCCCGUCAGUUCUCCAACUAUCAGGAUAAGACCAGUAAUGGAGGAGAACGUUCACAAUUGGCAUCUGAUGAUAUUCCAAAAUUCCUAAACAUGAUUCGCUCUGAGGUUGCUGUUUCAUUGGCUGCUCCCCCUCCCCCAGCCCAAAGCCUGGAUUCAAGCAGAUUGGAGAAACUGAAAGAGGCCCACAGUAAGAACCCAGUUAGUGGACUGAUGGAGUUUGCUCAGCAUCUUGGACAAACUUGUGAAUUCCUGCUUCUGAACCAAUCUGGACCCUCACAUGACCCCAGCUUUCGGAUGCAGGUCAUGUUAGAUGGGCGUAGGUUUCCACCGGCUGAGGGUCCAAACAAAAAAGUGGCCAAAAAGGACGCUGCAGCCACAACCCUGAAGAUUCUUUUGAGGGAGUUGGAGAGAGCAGGUGGUGACGAAGAGGAAGAACCCAGCAUUGAGGGAGUUGAGUCAACCACUGACCUGGCAGAUGAUUUUAUAGGUGGUACAGAUAUUCCUCCCCAGGCUCUGUCUCGCUCUCUACCCGGAGGAAAGAAUCCCGUAUCUGUCCUGAUGGAGCACAGCCAGCGCAGUGGGCAUGCCAUCCAGUUUAUCAAGAUAGGACAGGAAGGGCCACCCCAUGAUCUACGGUUUAUGUUCCGUGUAAAGGUUGGGGAACGUCUCUUCAAAGAAGCUUCAGCACCCAGUAAGAAAGCAGCGAGGCAGCUGGCAGCGGAGGAGGCCGUGAAAGAGCUGAUGGGAGAUGGACUACUACAUCUUAACAAGCCUCCAGGUACUUUCUGCCCUCUGGGAGACAAUGAUUCUCAGCCAGCGAUUCCUGCGUGCCCCUCGCUACCCCCUUUGACGGCAGCUGAGCUCCGGGCGGCCCACGAAGCAGGUGUGGGUGACCUUAUCAACCACCUGAACAACAAUGCUGUGUCUGGCCUGCUCGAGUACGCCCGUGCUCGAGGCUUCGCUGCUGAGAUCCGCCUGGUGGGCCAGUCCGGACCCUCGCACGAGCCCAAGUUUACAUACCAGGCUAAACUGGGAGGACGGUGGUUUCCUGCAGUGUGUACGAGUAAUAAAAAGCAGGGGAAGCAGGAGGCAGCAGACGCUGCUCUUCGAGUGCUUAUUGGAGAAGCAGAGAAAGCCGCACGUACUGGAGAGCUCACGCCAGAGCUGCCAAUAUCGGGCAGUACGAUGCAUGAUCAGAUCGCCAUGCUAAGCCAUCAGCGCUUUAAUGCACUCACAGCACGCAUCCAGCACAGCCUUCUGGGUAGGAAGAUUCUUGCUACCAUCGUGAUGAGGAAAGGAUCAGAUACUCUUGGAACAGUUGUCAGCCUUGGGACCGGAAACCGCUGUGUUAAAGGAGAGGAGCUUAGUCUUCGAGGGGACACCGUUAAUGACUGCCACGCAGAAAUCAUCUCCAGGAGAGGCUUUAUCCGGUUUUUGUACUGUGAGCUGAUGAAGCAUUGGGAAAGCCCUGGUGAUGAGAGUGUUUUUGAGGAGGCAGACGAUGGGAAGCUGAAGAUCAAACCUGACAUCACCUUUCAUCUGUAUAUUAGCACUGCUCCAUGUGGUGAUGGUGCUCUGUUCGAUAAGUCGUCCAGCGAGAUCGCUGAAUUAAAUUGCUCUCAGCACAUGCCUCUCUUCGAGAACGUAAAACAAGGAAAGCUCAGAACCAAGGUGGAGAAUGGUGAAGGCACCAUUCCAGUAGAGUCCAGUGAUAUUGUGCCCACCUGGGAUGGCAUUCAGCACGGUGAGCGCCUGAGGACCAUGAGCUGCAGCGACAAGAUCCUGCGCUGGAACGUGCUCGGUCUACAGGGGGCGCUCCUUAGCCACUUCAUCCACCCUGUCUAUUUGAGCUCCAUCACUCUGGGGUACCUCUACAGUCAUGGUCACCUGACUCGAGCGGUCUGCUGCCGUUUGGCCAGAAACGGGGAUGUGUUCAAAAAGAGUUUACCAGCAAACUUUACUCUCAACCACCCUGAGGUGGGCAGGGUGAGUGUGUAUGACUCAACACGCCACACAAAUAAGACCAAAGAGUCCAGCGUUAACUGGAGUCAUCCGGACCAGUUUACCGUUGAGGUGCUGAAUGGCACCAAGGGCAAAGUGGAAAGUCCCAAGAUGGAGGUAUCGCGGGUUUCCAAGUCCAAUCUGUUCCGUCUCUUCCGCACUUUGUGCCAGCGUGCAGGCCGAGCCGAUCUGUUGGCAUUAACGUCCUACGCCUACGCUAAGAAGGCCGCCACUUCAUUCCAGGAUGCCAAGAGGCUGUUCUUCCUGGCACUGAGCCAACAUGGAUAUGGCGCCUGGAUCGGGAAGCCCUUGGAAGAAAAAAGUUUCGAGGGAGAAGCCAGAAGCGCUGAUCUAAGUGGAGGAAGCGGGGACGGACAGGCGCCGGGCCCUCCAGGUUGCGCUGUUGACCCCAAUAGCUGCAUGAGCUCAAAUAACGACAACUUUAACUCUGCAGCACAGGGCUUUUAGGGAUAGAGAGAGAUGAUGAGAGAAGAAAUGAAGGGAGUGGAGGAGUGGCCGGCGGCAAAGAGAGAAAGAAUUGAGGAAGUUUGUCUUGUAGCUGUAUCUUGUCCUGUGGCUUUGGGAUUUGAACUUUAACCAUCAUGACAAAGCAGAAACAGAUGCUGCCAUGGCAACAGAGCUGUAAACCCAAGGCAAAUUGUACUUGAUGAGACACGAAGUAAAGAUUUUGGAGAUUUUAGAAAGCUACAACUAAAGGGUUGCAUUUGUUGUAGUGGGUGUCCCGCUUUCAUUUUUCCCACUUGCUACCAUCACAAUACUGUGUUAUGUGAAUGCGUAGCCACAUUUCUGUAGGGUAAUCCAGUUUUUUUUUUUUUUUUCUUUUUCUACCAUUGUGUUUUUGGUUCAUAUGAUACAUUUAGGUAUUUUUUACUCAAUUAAAAAGAUUGACAGCUGAUGCUAGUCAGGUCACGUAGAGACAUUCAGUUAGGCUGGAAUGGAUCCUUUGUGACUUUUAAAGUGGUUUAAGGGUUAGUUUACUCAGAAACUGAAAAUUGUCAUAAUUUAUUCACCCUCACGUUGUUCCAUACCUGCAUUGUUUUUUUCCCCAUUCUGUGGAACAUAAAAGAAGAUAUUUUGAGAAAUGUCUGUGGUGUUUUUGUAUGUAGAGUAGAAGUCAAUCACCAAAAUGGUUUGGUUACCAACAUUAUAAAAAUAUAUUUUGUGUUCUUCAGAUUUGAACAAACGUAUAAAGGUUUAGAAUGACAUGAGGGUUAGUGAAUGAUGAUAGAGUUAGAAUUUUUGGGUGAGCUGUCACCAAGUUGAUCAUCAUAUACGAAUUUGUAAUUUAUCCAGUUUUAUUUUUUAUUCCUGUAAAUUCUCUGUUCACUUCAGUUCUGCAGUUCUUCAUGAAAUGAAGUUCCACAUACCAAACUUGGACUAGACUGCUUGAAAUGUAUACAUAAUGUACCUACAGAUACAUAUGCACACAGGUGUAUAUAUAAGGUCUGUGGAACGAGUUUAUAUAUAUGCGUGUGUUUAUGUAUGUGCAUAUAUUGUGUGUAUAUAUUUUGUAAUAAUUCUUAAAUCAUAUUAUUUUCUACCUAUACAUUUUUAGGAUGCCUUUUUAUAUAAUAUAUGUAUGUUUUGUUUUGACUGCUGUUUAUGUGUGGUGUUUAGGAUGCUCCUGAUAGAUAUUGCAUGCAGCCAAACAGUCUUCAUUCUGAUUCGUGAGAGCUAUAGCCGCUGAAGAACAGCACAAACCAAUCAUAUGCAUAUUUGUGUGCGUUUGCAUGCACACAUCUUGAACUGUUUCUUGGAAUAUUAUUUGCACUGCUUAUGUUUAAUGUGUUCAAACACUGUCAAUUGAUGCACUGCUUCAAGGCUAAAGCAAUAUUAACAUUUUCUUUCCUUUCAGCAAAUGUGAUUCUGUAUGCCUCGAACAUUUGUCAUCAAAUCAUUGAAGCCUGCUCAACCGUUCUUUUAAGAUGAGCUCUGUUCUUUUAAAAGUAAAGAAUAUUUUCUUUCCAUGUGCUGCAGAUGAAUAUCUUAUUUUCACAGCAAAUUCUGAACUCGCUCUGUUUACAGUGUAACUCUAAUGUAUUUUCCAUUAAAGUUGAAAUUGAAUA